AUGCUAGCCAAUCUAGGCGGGGCUUCUGCAGCUUCUCAAACAAUGCUCUUAGGACGGGAAUACUAUCAAACGAGCUUUGGAGAAACAGCUCUUGUCCUAACACCAAUAACGGUACACAUUCUAAGCGGACUACUGAAGCGACUGCUCUCUUCCAAUCCCAAAGACGAACCUCGACCCAUCUCCCGACCGCUCGCAUGGACAGGCUACGCAACAGCCCUCCUCUUCCUCCCCAUCCAUUUCCUAUCACACCGCGCUGAUCCAACUACAGAAGCACCCCCAAUCUUCGCUGUGGGUCCCGCAGAGCUGGAUUUCGAGUUUGUCAAGUUGGGAUUACAGCGGUUCCCCGUCAGAAGCUGGGUGUUGUAUGGAGGUCUGGUCCUCUUUACAGCUGUCCAUGCUGUUGAUGGAUUAGCCAUCUUAUGGAACACCUAUCUUAAGCCGUACUUCAACGGUGCGAGCGUCGGGGGUUCUCGAAGACGGAAUUGGGCGAUAGGGGGCAUCGUAAUCCCAGUCAUGACUGGGCUUUACUUUGUUUCGCAGGAACCGCUUAUGACCUUCACCUCGACGGCCAACCGUUACAUGGCAUCGUUGACAUCGUCGAUUAUAUAUCGUGUAUAG